GCUUGAUUAUUUGUAACCCAUAGAGGAAUAAUAAUAGGUUUGUAACCUCGUUUUAUGUAUGUGUUUUAAAAAGGACAUAUCACAAUAAAAAUGAGCGAAAAUAUGUUGAUAACAGAUAUAUUUACUAAGUUUCAAAAAGACCUUGAUGCUGAUCAAGAACUUCGAGAGGUUAUACGCACGAUAUGCAAAGAAGUCCAACAAAUGUCCCGUGAAGCAGUAACCGUUUUGCAAAUAAUACACCAUAAAGAAGAAGGCAUUAUCCAGGCAUGUCAAAAAGCACGUGAACUUUUUGGUAAAGCUCGAGAAAAAUAUGCAAGUCUGAAACAGACUGUACCAUCAACGGAUUAUUACAAAUACCAUGAUCACUGGCGUGGUGUGACCCAACAGUACUGCUUUCUAAUAUCCCUUGUGAUAUGGUUGGAAAUGGGCAUACUGGCUUCACAUGAGACCAUUGCAGAAGUGUUGGGCAUUAGUUCUGUGGAAGAGAAGGAAGGUUUCCAUUUAGACAUUGAAGAUUAUCUUGUUGGAUUACUGUUAUUAUGUUCGGAACUGUCUCGCUAUGCAGUAAAUUGUGUCACUAGGGGAGACUACGCCAAGCCUUCACAGAUAUCUAAGUUCAUAAUGGAACUUAACGCUGGGUUUAGGUUACUUAAUUUGAAGAACGACCAUCUACGUAAGCGAUUCGACGCAUUGAAAUACGACGUGAAGAAAAUAGAAGAAGUAGUUUAUGAUCUCAGUAUUAGAGGAUUACUGCCAAAACCAGAGAGCGGAGAGGGACAAAAAUAAAUGCAUAGACUAAUGAGACUAAUAUAGACUGUUUUUAUUUUAUAAUAAUUUAGAGUAUAAAGCUAUGGAAUAACUAAAGCGCUGAGAAGGAGAAGUUCGUGUUACAAUCGCUGUAUUAGUACAAUUAGUAUAAACAAUAGUUUUACUUUAGUAUGUUUUAUGGAGAGUACUUUUUAGUGUGCGUGUAUGUGUGCCACAAUAAUUUGAACUUCACUUUCAUAUUUAAAGAUAUGUGAUUUCUUUGUGAGGAGUCGAAGUUGUUUUUGAUCUGAUAC